CCACGUGACCCAGUUCUCCCAUGCCCUUCAGUAGUUCAUUCAGCAUGAUGGCUGCGGAUGCUGCGGAUGCUCUCUGCUGCAUCCUGCAUCCGCGCCGGCUCUCUCUCCUCUUUCUCACCGUCACCCUCUCCUCUUUGCCGGCCCCGACAGUAGCGCUGCUCGGCGUCCGGCCGGAAGACACCCAGAGCGGAGAGCUGUCUGUGCAGGCUGGGAUACUGAGGGCGAUCGAGGGGACCCGCUUCAUACUGAGGGUUUACUACUCCGCAUCCCCAGCUACUCCGCAUCCCAACAGCCUAAACAUCAGCAGCAAACCUGACGCUGCUCCUGCCGCCCCAUGGAUCGCAUUUAUAGAGGAACCAGGUGGGGACAGCGGGGACGAGGAGAAGCACAGGUCCACAGGAAAUCCGUGCGAAGAGGAGAAUGCCCGGAGCUCAGACAUCGAGCUGCUGGGCUCUUUCAGAUCCACCUCAAGUUACAACUCAGUUUUGGUGGAGCUGCUCGCUAAAGACCUGCGCAGAGGCGAGGUGAUUAAAUACUACUCCAUGUGCGCGUUUGAUGGAGUAAAAUGGGAGCAUUUCACCACCAAAGACUUCUGGUUGGCGGUAGUGGAAAGACCCCCAGAGGCAGAUGUAUGGCUCCAGGCGGGUGUUGCAGUGCUCUUGUUGGGGUUGUCUGCGCUCUGCAGCGGUCUGAACAUCAGCAUGCUGGCGCUGGACCCCGUUGAGCUGCGGGUCCUGCAGAAUAGUGGCACAGAGAAAGAGCAGAAAUAUGCACGGAAGAUAGAAUCAGUGCGUAAACAUGGAAACUACAUCCUUUGCACCGUGGUGCUCGGCAACGUGCUUACAAAUACAUGCUUUGUGGUAUGGAUGUGCCAGAUUUUAGGAAUGACUGCUCUCUCAACUGCCUCGUGCACUUUGGGGAUAUUCUUCUUUGGCGAGAUUUUACCUCACUCCCUGGCGUCCAGGCACAGUCUUGCUAUCGCCUCCAAAACCCUCUGCGCGACCCGCCUGCUGAUGCUGGUGUUUUUCCCCAUCGCCUACCCAGUCUCCAAGAUUUUGGACAUCAUGCUCCACCAAGAGAUCAGCAACUUUUACACCAGGGAGAAGUUGGUGGCCAUGCUGCGCGUUACAGAUCCUUACCACGACCUAGUCAAAGAGGAGCUCAACAUAAUCCAGGGAGCCCUGGAGCUGAGGACCAAGACCGUAGAGGACGUGCUGACCUCGCUGUCAGACUGCUACAUGCUGUCCUCGGACGCCAUGCUGGACUUCUGCACCAUGUCGGACGUGAUGCAGAGCGGUUUCACCCGGAUCCCGGUCUACGAGAACGAGAGGUCCAACAUCGUGGACAUCCUUUUUGUCAAAGACUUGGCCUUCGUGGAUCCUGACGAUUGCACUCCCCUAAAAACAAUCACUCAGUUUUACAAUCAUCCCAUGCACAGCGUGUUCAAUGACACCAAGCUGGAUGUGAUGCUGGAGGAAUUUAAGAGAGGUAAGUCCCACCUGGCUGUGGUGCAGAGGGUGAACAGCGAAGGUGAGGGAGACCCCUUCUAUGAAGUGAUGGGCAUCGUCACCCUGGAGGACGUCAUAGAGGAGAUUAUCAAGUCUGAGAUUGUGGAUGAGACAGACCUGUUUACUGAUAACCGGAACAAAAGGCGCGUGUCAAGCCACGAAAGGAAACCGCAGGAUUUCUCAAUCUUCAAACUGUCAGAAAAUGAGCUGAAGGUGAAGAUCUCGCCCCAGUUGCUGCUCGCCACACACCGCUUCUUGGCAACAGAGGUGGAGCCUUUUAGGCCGUGUCACCUGUCGGAGAAGAUCUUGUUGCGUCUCAUCAAACAUCCCAGUGUUGUGCAGGAACUCAAGUUCAACCCCAAGAACAAACACGGUCUUCAACACUACCUCUUCACGAGAAACAAACCUGUGGACUACUUUGUCCUCGUUCUUCAGGGACGGGUGGAGGUAGAGAUCGGAAAGGAAGCUCUCCGUUUUGAAAAUGGAGCAUUUUCCUAUUAUGGCAUGCCAGCACUCAUCAUGCCCCUGCCUAUUGGUCGGAGGUAUAGUUCCCGGGGCAGUGGUCUGAACCAAUCUGAGUCAUUACUGAGUGGGGGCAGCGUGGGUCAGCUCUCUACAGGAGGAGGGGUCUACUUACCAGACUACUCAGUCCGACAGCUCACAGACCUGCAGAUCAUCAAGAUCACCAGGAACCACUACCAGAACGCCAUUACGGCCACCAGGAUGGACAGCUCCCCACAGACACCAGAUCCGGUGGAUCCUGAUGCUAAAGGGAGGCCUGCGGUCCCAGAGGCCCGCUCACACAGCAUCGCCCUCCCUCUCACACACACACACACUCGACUGGGGCUGGCACGCCUUGCACAUCUCCAUCCCCACGGUGGCCUUCGAAACACCUCCCAGCUCAAUGAAAGAAACCGUAUUGUUCGCAGUAAAUCUGAUGGGCAGAGGAGUCCGAACGAUACCGUGUUCCUCCGCUUGGACGAGAUUCCCUACAUCCACGAGGACCGGCCGGAAAAUUAUGGAGAAGAUGACGUGCCUACAGAGUCUCAGCCCUCCACCUCUCCCUUCAUCAGCUCUCUGUCUCUGUCCAGCUCGGAGGAGAACAUUGGGAAGAAGCUAUUGCGUAAAUUGAGUAACAAGAGGAGGAAAAAGACUCGGGAUGGAGAAAACAGUUUGGAGGAAGGUUCAGAGCAACCACCAGUGACGAGCUAGCACAGUGACACUGAGGAAGAGGGAUAAAGCUUCUUCCUCUUUAUCACUCACUGGUUUUCCUUACUAAACAACCAUAGACUCCCUCCAUGCUCCCACACAACUCCCACAGGAGACGGAGCCAUCUAAUGUGAUGUAGUAACACUCAGGUCCCUAAUGGCACACUCUGUCCCACCUCCGCCUGACUUCACACCCUUAAAGUGAUUGCUGAUUAUAAGCGGGACAGAUCUAUAAAACAAAAACAAAAAACUUUAUUGGACAAAUCUUAACAAUAUAGUAUUGGAUUUAUCCAGCCUUACACUGGACAUGUUUUGUAGUAAACGGGGGAAAUCUUUCUAUGGUAGCUUUAUCCAUAAUGUUAACAUUUACCCAUCUGAUUUAAGUCAUCUGAACUCUACAUGAUCUCUCAAGAGGGAGCCCAACAACGUUCUUAGGUAAUAUCUGAGCCAGCUUGAACCUUUUACUUGAUCAAACAAUGAAUACAAGAGUUUUUAUUAUUUAUUUGUUAUUAUGAGGCAGUUCCCACAUACUGAAAAUGUUGUUUGCACAGGGAACUGUCCCAAUGUUGCCAUAACGGGUGCCACCUACUGCCAACAGUACCAGACACACUAGCCGUCGGCUAAGAAGACAAGAGCACAAUUUCUACGCCAGAUUAAAAGAACACAAUUAUAAAAACAAAAAAGCCAUACAUUAAUUCUCAGCUUGAAUGACUACUUAUUGUAUGAACUAAAUUCUCAGCAAGUUUAGAAGAGUAUGCGCAAUUUUGAAAAUACCUGUGCUUGAAAUAACACAAUUUCUUACUUGAUUUUUAUACGCAAGUGUCAGAAUUACCAAAUGUAAUUGGAAAAUAGCAAUAUAAGUCAUGUUACAUACUGUAAAUGGCAACCGCAUACACGCAUCCAUCCCACAUAAAUGCAUGUGUCCUACACACAGUCUGUCUGGUAGGUCUUCCCAAUGAAACGUUCCCUUUUCACUGCAUAUGUAGCUGUAUGAACACAAUGUCAGUGUUUCCAUCAACCAAACACCCUUACUUAUCCACCUUUUCUCUUGAUGUUACCACCAUCGGGAAAAAAAACAUUAACCUAUUGUUUGAUUGCAUUCAGUAGAACACGUAGGGGCGAUCAACUUCAUACCUUUAGCUACCAUAUUAGCCACUUUUCUAUGUACAGUUCAUCUCAUUUAAGCUGCAUACACCAAUUAAAAAUAAGCUAGGGGUUUUGGGUCUAGGGAUCCAAAUAGUAUGAGUAUUCUCGAGGAAAGAGUAGUAGCUACUUGCAUGUUUGUUUAUGCUGCUUUUACUGUAGAAUUAUCCCGUGUAGAAAGCACUAUUUUUCCAUAUGCAUGCUUAAGUAGAGGGAUGCAUGAAUAGGAUGAUCUGCAGUAACUUCUCCCCACAGAGGUGCAGUGUGUGACUUACUGAAGUCUUAAGAGACAGUAGAUUUUAAAAAGAAGUUUUAACUGCUAAAGUUGAGAAAAAGCGAUAGGUGCAAUAAAUACUACAACUGUAGUAUUCAUGGAGGAGUCCAUACAACGCUGCUUGUUGAAGAAAAAUGAAGCCAUUGUUCUAGAAAUCAUCUAUUACUGCAAUAAUGAAAUAAUGAUUAGAUCCUUUCUGAAAAUGUGAGCGGUAGCUGCAGCUCAGGUUGUACUAAGCUGCUCUGCGUUGUGAAAUCUUGGCAGGUACACCGCUCGACAGAACAAGAGAGAAAGACAUGAAAGAGGAAAGCAAUAUGACGCACACUGACGUCAAGCCACCACCUCUCGUCAAACACACGCACACACACACACACGCACGCGGUGGCUAUACAAGUACAAAGGAUACUGCACUGCUAAGCUAUUCGCAUUGACCCCUCUAUGUACACAUAACAUCCAACAGUAAGUCUUUUGAUCUGACAAACAGCAAAAGGAUUUGUGUGAAUCAGAAAGUCUCUCAGCUGAAUGCUUUGAGAGAUUUUGUAGUUGGUUAACACCGAUUAGUAUUUGUGAGGGUUGAUGUAAUAGCAAAGUUACAUUUUGUAAUGUAAAAUUCAGAUAAUUAUAUAAGUUACCCAAAGAUAUGAAGAGACAGACCAUAAUGUUAUAUAAAAGGGAUAAUUAAAUUAUUAAUAAAUGGACUGAACUAUUA